AUGGCGACCAAAGGGGCAACUGAAAAUGUUAUCGAUCAGCCGCUCGAUACAACGUCGGAGUCUCUCGGGAAAGACAUUGAAACCUCACGGUCAGUCCCAGGAAAAGAAGAUGUGGCGGCUGUCUUCGCCAACUACUUCAAUGGCCACGAUAGCUAUUCGGAAGAGGAAGCCAAGCGACUACGAUGGAAGCUGGACGUGCGCCUCAUUCCCAUACUGUGGUUCAAUAUCCUCCUGCCAGCCAUGGAUAAAGUCAGCCAUGCCAAAGCAGCCGUCUAUGGUCUGCAAGAGGAUCUCAACCUUGUGGGCGAUCAAUACAGCUGGAUAGGAUCGAUCUUCUAUUUCGGGUACAUGCUAUGGUGCUUCCCAUCAGCAACUAUUCUACAGAAGCUGCCUCUGGCAAAGACAAUCGGCUUCGCCAUGCUACUAUGGAGUUUCGUGUUGAUCGGGAUGGGUUUCGUCACUUCCUUCUCGCAAUUACUCGCAUGCCGAUUCCUUCUGGGUCUUUUGGAGGCUCCCGUUGUUCCUGGGAAUAUGCUCAUCAUGGCCAUGUGGUAUACUAGAGCCGAACAAACACUGCGCUAUGGCUUGAUGUACACCGGCCUUUCAACGAUCUUCACAGGUCUCAUUGGCUGGGCUAUUGGAUAUAUAAGGACCGACAAGUUCUACAUCUGGCAAAGUUUCUUCUGGAUCUGUGGCGUCAUGACCUUUGUCUAUGCCUUAGUUGUUCUAUGGCUCCUCCCUGACAGUCCGGUCAAAGCUAAAUUCAUUAACGAGAGACAAAAGGCCAUUGCCAUUGACCGUGUACGAGCCAAUCAAACUGGAAUCGAGAACCGCAAGUUCAAGAGAGCACAGCUGCUGGAGGCCUUCAUGGAUGUUCGAGUCUGGCUGAUGGUGCUCUUCAAUCUGUGGAUCAGCAUUCCCAACGGUGGUCUGACGAACUUUUCCGCCCUCAUUAUCCAAGGUUUGGGCUACAGUGGACAAGUUGCUUCCCUGUUGACCAUUCCUAACGGUAUUUCUCAGACCAUUUCCAGUUAUGCGUGCAAUUGGGGCGUCUUCUUUCUCCUCAGAAAGAAUCCCAAGCUUCAAGUCCGUGGCGCCUCCAUUAUACUCGGAUGCAUUCCGGGGUUGAUCGGUACAGUGCUGCUUUAUACGCUACCAACUGACGCAUACAUCGGUCGACUUGUGUCCAUGUGGGUGGGCUACUUCUACCUCGGUCCUUACAUUGUCGCCCUGAGUCUUAUUGGUGCCAACACAGCUGGACACACAAAAAAGGUCACCGUCAACGCCAUGAUGUUCAUUUCCUACUGCGUGUCGAACAUCAUCGGCCCGAUGUUCUUCAAAUCUGGACAAGCACCACUAUACCCUCUCGGAAUCGCUGCCAUUCUGGUCGCUUACGGUUUGGCCAUCAUUACUAUUGGGAUCUACAUGUUCGUUUGCCACAAGGAGAACAUGCGACGCGAUGCACUAGACAGCGCAGCUGGUGAGACGGUCCAUCUCGAUACAGACUUCAAGGACAAGACCGACAAGGAGAACCUGCACUUCCGGUAUGUCUGGUGA